AUGAAAAAGAAUCAAUCCACAGAAAAUACUCGGUUAAUUCUUUCUUGGGAAAAAGAGAUAGUAGCUUCUUUAUCAAUUAUCCAAAAUCAUACAGAGCAAAAAACGACUCCAGUGCAGAUUAAAAAUAUGAAAUUUACACAAGAAAAAUCACUAUCUGGAAAAGUGGAAGAUAAUACUUCUUUCCUAAAGCCAUAUAGGGAUACUAUCCAAUCUGAAAAAGUUUUAAUAAAAAAUAAUCCCUUAUUUAAUCAACAAAAAAUCUCGACUCAAUUCCAAUUGAUAUCAAAAUUCUUAAAUAUAAAGAACUUGCCGUCAAAAAUAGAAAGAGGACUGAUAAUUUUUGUAAUUAUUCUAAAUUUAAUUCAACUCGAAAAAUACCCAGUAUAUGGGUAUUGGGAAUGUAGAAAAUGUAAUAAUGGCCAUCGUUGGAUAGAAAAAUGUGGUUUUCUACAAAAGCCAUCUGAAAAUUCAAAGAUAAAGCCUAUUAUUGAGAUUAUAUGUCACCUACAAUGGAAUAAAUAUUACCGAGUGUUUGGUGGAUGGGAAUGUCAGAAUUGUAAAGAAAAAGUCUGGAAAAGUGCUUAUACUUAUAUAUCACUUCGCAAAUUUAUUGAAGGACGGGAUUUGAAUGAGGGUGAUUAUAUUAUGCAGGAGUGCAAAAGAUGUAAAGACAACAACGAUAAGUGUAUUGUCACAUCUUAUGAGCCUUUAAAGCAGGGAGAAGACUACAAUAUUCACAAGAGACAUUUGUGUGAAAAGUGUAAAAGCG